GCGUUGUUGCGCUGCAGGGCUGGCCGCAGAGGAGGCAGGAAGGGGACGGGGAGAGGGGGCGGCAGGAAGAGUUGGGAAACGUUGUGGAAUUCUGGAAUCUACAGUAAAAGUUUAUCCCAAAUUGAGUGCGUAGGAUAAAGAAGGCCUCUACCCAGAUGUUUGAGUGCCUCUGAGGAUUCUUGCAUUGAAACAUGGAGAAUGACAGAGAGACUUCUCCUGGAUUUAUGAUGAUGUAGUGAAAGGAACCCAUUACGAGCAGGAAGUGGAUUAAGAAAGUUGGAAAAUGUUUUGCAGCAUCCAGCAUUUGAAUUGCAAGGUGGGAUGCCAGGUGAACAUACAGACUAUUUUGUCAGUCUUCAUCCUAGAUAGUGCUUGUAUUUGGACACAUGUACCCAUUGUUGGCCUGAUAACAUACACCCUCUGAAGUAUGUCCUGGAAGUGUCAAAACAAGCAGUUGUACUGAUGUAAUCAAACAACUAUGUCAGCAUUUGGAAGUUUUGUUGAGUAGACAGAACUGAGGAAUAUUUUAAAGCUUGACAAAUGCAUUCCAGACUGGAAAACUGCUGCAUUAUUCCUCCUCCUCCUCCUCCUCCUUCUUUAGAGAACUGACUUCUUAAAACAGAGGUAAGGAGAAUAAGCUGUAAGAAAAUGCUGGGAUCCGAACGUGGUGUGGUGGAAGAAUGGCUAUCAGAAUUCAAGGCAUUACCUGAAAAUCAAAUCUCCGGUUAUGCAUCAACGUUGCACCGGAAAAAAUCACUGGUGCCAGCUCUUUAUAAGGUUAUUCAGGACCCAAAUAAUGAGCUUCUGGAACCUGUCUGCCACCAGCUCUUUGAACUCUACCGUAGUUCUGAAGUUCGACUCAAGAGGUUCACGCUGCAGUUCCUGCCAGAAUUGAUCUGGGUUUAUCUGCGUCUUACUGCCAGCAGGGACAGACAGAGUAACGGUUGCAUUGAAGCACUGCUGCUUGGGAUUUACAAUUUGGAAAUUGCUGACAAAGAUGGGAACAACAAAGUUUUAUCUUUCACCAUCCCUUCGUUAUCCAAGCCCUCAAUAUACCAUGAGCCUUCUACUAUUGGAUCCAUGGCUUUGACUGAGGGAGCCCUAUGUCAACAUGACCUCAUCAGGGUGGUUUAUAGUGAUCUUCAUCCUCAGAGAGAAACCUUCACUGCACAGAACAGGUUUGAGGUGCUCGGCUUUCUCAUGCUGUGCUACAACUCUGCUAUUGUCUACAUGCCUGCCUCCUCCUAUCAGUCACUUUGCAGGAUGGGUUCCAGGCUUUGCGUGAGUGGAUUUCCACGGCAGCAUGAGAAACGCUGGAAAGAAUUCUGUAACAGAGUGGUACUAGAUCCUGACUUUAUGGUGCAACUGCUCACAGGUGUCUAUUAUGCCAUAUACAAUGGACAGUGGGGUCUUGGCCAAGAGGUAUUGGAUGACAUAAUUUACAGAGCACAGCUUGAACUUUACUCUCAGCCACUGCUGGUUGCAAAUGCCAUGAAGAACUCGUUGCCCUUUGAUGCCCCUGAUAUGUCGCAAGAAGGCCAGAAGGUGCUGAAGGUGGAGGUUACUCCUACAGUGCCCAGGAUCUCUCGGACUGCCAUUACGACAGCUUCCAUCCGUCGCCAUCGGUGGAGGAGAGAAGAUGGCUUUGACUUCUCAAACGAGGCUGACUCAAGCAUUCCUGGCUCCCCGAUCCAGCACGGCUCCACAGACCUAGGGAUCAAACGUGAGCAAGAGGGGGAGGUGCUGGUGCGCAGGACCCCUGAGCAUGGCUCACCGGAGCCCACCUUGACAGCAGCCACAACAGAGGAUACUGAGGGUAUAAAUGGAAGAGAGGAAUCCGUGAACCUCAAUGAUGCUGAUGAAGGAUUUUCAUCAGGAGCUUCCCUUAGUAGCCAGCCAGUUGGGACCAAGCCUCUAUCGUCCACAUCCCAGAGGGGCAGUUUAAGGAAAGCAGCAAGUGGGCGUUCAGCUAAGGAUAAAGAAACGUCAUCUGCCACUAAAUCCAAUGAGAGCCCUCGAGAUUCAGUAGCUCAGAAGCAGCACCUGCACCAACCAACUGACCUUACUGCAGAAACAAUUGAGAUGACCCCUACAAAGAAACACCUCAGCCUGCCUGCUGGGCAGGUGGUACCAAAAGCCAGUAGCUUGAGCCUAAUCCGGACCGCCAGUGCUUCCUCCAGUAAAUCAUUUGACUAUGUGAAUGGUGGUCAAGCAGCUUGCAUUGUUGGGGUUGGCACGGAGGGUGUUACUAAUCUAGCAGCUGGCAAUUCCAAUCGGUUUUCAACUAUCAGUCUACAGGAGGACCGGCUAGGCCAAGCUGGGGAAGGUAAAGAUCUCCUUACCCCAGGGGCUCCCCUUACCAAGCAGUCUCGAUCCCCAAGUUUCAAUAUGCAGCUGAUAUCCCAGGUGUAGCUUUGACUCCCCUCUUCCUCUUUAACCAAUAGACAGUUCAUCCUUGGGCAAAAACAAGAACCUUCAUCCCACAGUGUGAAAAUACUGACCAUUGUGAUCUCAUUUGAUUCCGUUUAGAUAUCAUCCUGUAUUUUGUAUGAAACAGCAAUAAAUCUCCCCUCACUCCCAGUCCCCACCCCUUGUGAACAUGGUUGUGAAGCAGUAUAAAAUGUACUGUAUGCCUUUUCCACACCUUCCUUUCUCCUUGGGUGAUGUGCAAUCCAUCGUAGGCUGAUCAGUCCCAUUUCAACACUGUGAGACUAGUGAUAUUGGAGGAAAUGGUGAAUGUGAUCCCUAUGAGAUGAUGCUUUGGCUUUGUUAAGAAAUAGAAACGGGUUAGUUUUAUCAGUCUGUAGUUCUGCAAAGACUACUGGAUCAUGAUUUUUCUUAGAACCAGGAGUGCCUCAGAGAUUCUAAUGUGACUUUGGACCUCUCUGAGUUUGUGCAAUCAAUUCUGGGAGAGGGGAAUGUCAUUGUUGCUCCUGGCUGACCAAUGCACUUUUCCAUUAAAAUGAGAAUUGUUCUUUUCCUUCCACACCCUCAUCUCCACUCUCCUACUUCUGAACCUCUUCCUGCUCAACAGUGGAGGCAUGCCUAUUACCAAGUCGUUGCCCCUCAGAUAAAGAGAGGGCUGUAAGUAGAGAACGUAGGUCACAGUGUACUACUUAUGGCGUUGUAGCCAUAUUUAUGUUAUAUGUCUUCCCCUCCAGGACACAGGGUCAUUCUGCUUACACACUGGAAUUUGGAAAGGCCAAACCUGUUGAAAUAAUUCAAAAGUGGGAAGGAGAGACACACUUUCCCAGAAAUAAUUAACUACUAGCUCUGCUUCUAUUUGUGUGAGGUGAUGAUCACUGAAUUGAAACAAGCGCAUCUUCAGGUAAACAGAGGGAUUCUCAGGCUGCAUUCUAUGGUAUCAUAGUUGUUAGGGAGCCCCUCCUGCUUUCUAGGUGUUCCUAGCUCAGUCACAGCAUAGAUUAAGAAAUCUGUAGUCCAGACAUAAUCCUCCAAGGAGAUGCAUCAGGGAUUGAGAUAAUGGUUUUGCUGGAAACACUGAAGCAUCAAUGUGCAACACUUUCUAGAAACAAUGUUGGUAUAACGGGGUAGUCUUUUCUCCCAGAAGGACCACACUUCACUGCCUUUGUAUUUACAAUCCAUUGCAUUUUGUAAAUAUCUGAUCAUUUUGCUGAUGGAGGCAGGCAAUCUCGUAGAAAACUCUGAACUCAUGCCAUUGAGCCAAGUUCUGAAUCUAUGUGAUUGAUGUAUGGGCAGCAAUUGCUACCUAUGCUAGCGAUCACUACUUAAAAGUACACUUCUGAUUACAAAGGAGGAUGUCCAUCAUAUUUUAGCCUGUGUCUUUCUUUGGAUAACUAAGGAGAAAAGAGGAAGUCCCAGUCUUUUUUCUCUACUCUGUUGUGACCUGGAAGUUUACAGGCCAUUAACCCAUGGAACAGAUUAGAGUUACAUUUUUUCAUUAUGUAGGCACUUUUGUUUUAUAAUUUUCACUGUGAAAAAAUAUAAACAAAUGGCUACAAAUAACAGGCUAUCUUUUGAUUUAUAAAGAUUGUACGAAACUUAGAACUAAAAUGGCAUUACAUUGCUAGUGGUUAUUUAAUGGGUUGGUUGUUUAAAUGUUGUUUCGAGCUUUCAAUUCUUUUCUUUUUAACACCCUCGUUUCAAGUAGCAUUUUUUCAAAGUGACUUUCAAACUUAUAAACAGGUAAAGGAAGACAUUUUUAUGGUUGAAUGAGUUACUUGGUCACUUAAUCUUCAUAUUUCACAUUCAAAGAGGAAUGAUAACAUUAAAAAAAAAGAAAUAUUACUAAAGAUAAAUAUAAUUUCAAAUUGAUAAGGACCAAUCAUUCCUUUAUAUUAGUUCUUGAAAUGGAAAUGUAAGUCAGACAGUCAGGCUAGUUUUGGAAGAAUCCCAAUAUAUUUUUUCGAGUGUUUAUUUUGUGUGUGUGUGUAUGUAUGUAUAUAUAGUUGAGGUAUAUACAAAAAUAUACAUAGUGAUGUUUGGUAGGUCAGCUAUAGAGGUUCUAUAUUUUCCACGGUUAGUUUUCACCUAAGGGAUUUAUAGCUCUUCUAAAAAUUUUGCAUCAGGCUAAAACUUAGCAAACAAGUUUCCAUAUCAUGAUCCAUUUCUUUUACAAAAUGCAGUUAAACCAGUUCAGCAAAAUGAAAUAGUCCUGUGAUUUCAAAUGGGGAGUCAAAUAUGGGUGCUCAAAUUUGAAGUUUUAGUCACUUUUUUAAACCAGUUUUGCAGGUAUUUAGUCCUUAUUUUGGUGGAGUGCCUUUUGUUAUAUUUUAUAAAUCUGUUAAGUAUUCGUUAAUCUGCUUUUGUGCGUAUAUGCACACUACUUUCGCUAUAAUAUGCUUUUUGAUAGAGUUCAAAUUCUGUCCCUAUUAACAUCCUAGAUGUUCCACACUGUGGACUGACAUGAUACAUAAUAACUUGCCCAAAGGAUCCUUUGAGAGCUUCGUGUCAGAUGUUCACUGAUCAACCUCUCUAUGUUCUGGAAUGACUCAUCCAUUAACACAAAUGAAGCAGCCAUUAUAAUGUGUCAUGUCAGUGCUAUAUAUCAUUAAUGCUUUUAGAUGUGUCCAUCAAUCCAUGUCAAGGUAGUUGUGAAAUAUGAUGUACUGAGCUUCAGUGAACUUCAAAGUAAUGUGGCAUUAAUUGAAAUGGAAAUGCUUGGGAUACAAACAAAGAAUAAUCAGAGUUGACUUUGGAGGGUAUUGUAUGGUACUGUUAAACUAAGUACAAAACUAUUAAAAUAGGUUUCUGACAAA